UAUGUAUAUAUAUUACCUUCCCAUUCCUUCAGAGAAACCCUAGCAGUGAAGAGCGGCCUCCCAUUCCCAGAGCUACUCUGCUUCUCUCAUCCUCCAGAGUUUUAUUUCUGUGAAAUCAGGAACAGCGAAAGGAAAAAUGAAGGUGAUCGCCGCUUACUUGUUGGCCGUCUUGGGUGGCAACGCCUGCCCCUCCGCUGAUGACCUCAAGCACAUCCUCUCAUCAGUUGGUGCUGACUGUGAUGCCGAUAGAAUCGACCUACUCUUGUCCCAAGUGGAGGGAAAAGACAUCACCGAGCUGAUUGCAGCUGGAAGGGAAAAGCUGGCUUCAGUACCUUCUGGUGGCGGCGCUGUGGCGGUUGCUGCACCUGCUUCCGGUGGUGGUGCUGCUGCUCCAGCUGCUGAGGAGAAGAAAGAGGAGAAGAAAGUUGAAGAGAAAGAGGAGUCUGAUGAUGAUAUGGGUUUCAGUCUUUUUGAUUAGUUUGGUGCAAUGUUUUGCUUAUUUUAAGAGUCUGUCCUUGAGUUUUCUUGUAGGAUUGCCAUAUGGAUUCUGUUUUCUUAUGAGUUCAAUUUAGAAAACAAAUUGAAGAUGCUUACAUACGUGGUGGUAUUCAGUAUUUUUUAACUUUGAAAUUUUUCUAAUUGCUAUUUUAGAUAUUGUAUCAAUGCAUUUUUGCCAAGCUCUA